GUUCGUGUUUAUUAGUGAUUGCGAUUUUAGUUUUAUAAUGUCAUCAUUGAGGCAAUAUAAAAGCGGAGCCGCUAAGCGGAAGGCGAAAGAGGAAAAACUAAAAAGCAUUCAAAAAUUGCCGAAAUUGACCAUGUUUUUUAAAACUCCAGAGGACAUUGCAUCUCUACAAGAUCACGAAGGGAAGGAAACAAUUGAUGACGUUGGCUUAAACGUUGGCGAAAUAAACGAACUGGACUCGCAGUCGCAGGAAAACGAGAAUCUUCGAAAAGAUAGCCAGAAUGAAUUGCAACCUAAAUCAACGUCAUCUUCCUCUAGUUUGUGGAUUUCCAAUGAUGCAGGAUUAUGGCCUACAAACUUAACGGAUGAAUUUAGAUCGAGAUGUGUAGAAAAAGGUUCUGAUUAUUUCCAAAAUGAUGACGGCGUUUAUGAAUCAUCAAAACGUUGUUUCAAAACGCCAAAUAGAAAACUGUCCAAUAGACUAUUUCAUAAAAAGAUGAUUAACGGAGAAACUGUACGCCGAAAAUGGAUCAUGUAUUCGCCUUCUGUUGGGAGCAUCUACUGUUUUGUUUGCAAGUUAUUUGCUGUAAAAGGUGUGAGUGUGAGUGCAUUUGCUCACCAGGGAUUUUCAAAUUGGGGUAAAGCAGAAGAGAGCACACUUUCUCAUGAAAAUAGCAUCGAACAUCGUGAUAGUAUGUUUUUAUUUUUAAAUAGAACGAAUCUAAGUUGUCGUAUAGACAAAAGUUUAAUCGAUCAGUUCAACAAAGAAAGUGAAUACUGGAUAAAAGUAUUUGAAAGAAUAGUUACCGUCAUUAAAUUUAUAGCUGAGAGGGGCUUAUCGUUUCGUGGUCACGUAGAAAAGUUUGGCGAUUGUAGAAAUGGAAAUUUCUUAGGAAUACUAGAACUGAUUUCCGAGUUUGACCCCUUUCUCAAAACGCACAUCGAAAGGUAUGGCGGCAAAGGUAGUGGUCAUGUAUCCUAUCUAUCGAAAACAAUAUAUGAGGAGUUUAUUGAAAUCAUUGGUGGCGAAGUCAAGAAUAAAAUUAUUUGCGAAAUAAAAAAUGCCAAAUAUUAUUCCUUAAUCGUGGAUUCUACACCUGACAUAUCGCACACUGAUCAACUUUCAGUGAUUAUUAGGUAUUGCAUUUCGAAUAAAGUGCAUGAACGUUUUUUGACAUUUCUGCCCAUUUUUAGUCACACUGGAAGUUCUUUGAGUACUGUAAUUCUAGAAUUUCUCGAUACUCAUGGCAUAAACAUUUUAAAUUGUCGAGGCCAGUCAUACGACAAUGCUAGUAAUAUGUCGGGGAAAUACAGGGGAUUGCAAGCUGAAAUUAGAAACAGAAACAAUCUUGCAUUUUAUGUUCCGUGUGCUGCGCAUUCGCUAAAUCUAGUGGGCCAGUGCAGUGUUGAGGCAUCUACAGAGGCAUCAAGAUACUUCAUGUUUUUACAAAAAUUGUACGCUUUUUUCGCCAAUUCAACUCAUCGGUGGGACGUAUUAACAAGAAAGUUGCAAGAAAAUAAAAAAAAUUUACGUUGA